AGAUGUUAAAAACUAUAAGCAAUCUCCCCAGUAAUGGAUUUCUGUCAAGAAAGUGAGACUAUUGUAGGAAAUAAUGAAAAUGAGAAAACUCAAGGCGUAGAAGAAACUGCACUAUCUUUAAGUUGUCCAGAUGAGAGAAGUGAAAGGAAUCAUGUUUGCUGUCUUCUCGGUGUCAGCGAUCUCACGUUGGAAGAAGAUGAGCGGGCCAUCGAGUUUGCCAUCAACACUGGGUGGGAAGAAGCCGUUCACGGUUGGGGAAGGACCUCACCAGCUGCCUGCAUCUGGUCAAGGAAGAAAGUGAAAAGGGGGCGGAUAGGAGAAGGCACUGGUAGCAGCAGCAAUUGCUUGUUUUGCAUGAGUCUUUCUCAAGGGAGUCUGGACAUUCAUUCCCUGUCAGUGGUUGGGAAAUUGGAGGCUGGUGCUGUGGCUGAGAUGAGCCCCGAGAAGAGCUGGAACCCUGAGAAGAGCUGGGACCACACCUCCCAGACCCCUAGCACUACUUCCAGAGAGCCUAACAAACUCUGCUUUCCCACAUAUAUGCAUGGAGAAAAAAAAAGCCUGCAAAUCAAGGAAUUUAUUUGGUGCAUGGAAGAAUGGGCCAUUCCCGAGACAGUUAGCAGCAAGACCUGCAGAAACCCCUGUGGAAGCACUGACCGGAGCCUCUCCAUCUCUGACUCCCUGACAUCCAAGGCCCUCAUGGUUCUGCCUCCACUGAAAAGCUCUACCCCCAACAACUUAGAUACCCUAAGUAAGAAGAAUAACGAUAUUUUCUGGCAGCCGGAAGAAAAGGCAAUAAGGGUGGAAAAGGAUGAGUGUGUGGCUUGUACAGAUGGAUUGAAAACAGUUGAUGGGAGAGGUGAAAAGAGACACUUUGAGCUGGCCAGCCACCUGAAGGUCACCGAUAUACUGCCUUUCCCUCCGCCUGUGGCCCAGACUCACCUGCUGGCAGCAGAGUCCCAGAAAUGCUGCCUGCACUGGUCCCUCCUGCCCCAGAAAAGCUCUAUGUACCCAUCCAAGCCCACCAACAUCCACUAUCUUGCCACCUUGCAGCUUUUGCAUAAACAGAGAAUGCAAAGCUACAGAACCAGGCUCAAAGCCAAGGAGCCCAGACCUUCCAGGAACAAGCACAUUCUCACAGAGGCCAAGCAGGCAAAUAGGUCCCAAACACUAUCAAAUAAGAUGUUCUCCAAACCGCUUUUGCCAUCCCUCACAGUGAGCAGGGUUGUCAUCCCCGUCUCUACUCACAGAGUCCUCUGAUUUAUCACAAUAUAAUUUCCUGGGAAUAAGUGCUGCCUGGAGCUCAUUUGUUUCCCCACCCCCUCUCUCCCACCCUCUCCUUUUCUCAUCUAUGCUUCAGCA